AUGGCCGCCAUUAGAGUGUCAUCGCUAACCCUCCUCGCUUCUACUUCUGCUUCUUCUUUUUCUUCUUCUUCCUCAGUUUUCACCAAGUUGCAAUUUGGUCCCAUUUGGGGUAUUUCUCUUACAGCCGCACCUCUCUAUUCCAAACGAACAAGGCGCAUGGCUCACUCAAUUGCUCGGGCUACACUUGGCCUCACUCAGCCUAAUCAAAUUGAGGCCGCUAAGAUCUCGUUUGCUGCUAAAGAAAUUGAUUUGAUAGAAUGGAAAGGAGACAUCCUUGCAGUAGGUGUUACAGAGAAGGACAUGGCCAAAGAUGAGAAUUCGAAGUUCAAGAAUUUCACAUUGCAAAAACUGGAUUCCCAAUUAGGUGGUUCUUUGUCUGAAGCUUCAACUGAGGAGGAUUUUAAUGGAAAAGCUGGACAAUCAACAAUUCUUAGGCUUCCUGGACUUGGUUCAAAAAGGGUAGGUUUAGUUGGGCUUGGAUCAGCAGCUGACCCAAUGGCCUCUUAUCGUAGUCUUGGUGAGGCAGUUGCUGCAGCAGCUAAGUCUGCUCUGGCAAGUAAUAUUGCCAUCACACUUGCUUCUUCCGAGGGGCUCUCUACUGAAGCAAAGCUAAGCACAGCUUCCGCAAUAGCAACUGGAGCUGUGUUGGGGACUUAUGAAGAUAAUAGGUUUAAGUCGGAGUCAAAGAAACCAUCUCUGAAGUCAGUGGACAUUCUUGGUCUUGGAACUGGAUCUGAGAUAGAAAAGAAACUGAAAUAUGCUGAAGAUGUCUGUGCUGGGAUAAUUUUUGGAAAAGAGCUUGUCAAUGCACCUGCUAAUGUUCUCACUCCUGCUGUACUGGCAGAGGAGUCCAAAAGGAUUGCUUCCCUCUACAGCGAUGUUCUUUCUGCAACGAUCUUGGAUGUAGAGCAGUGCAAAGAACUGAAAAUGGGUUCCUAUCUAGCUGUUGCAGCAGCAUCUGCCAAUCCUCCCCAUUUCAUCCAUUUGUGUUACAAGCCUCCAGGUGGAGAAGUUAAAACCAAGCUGGCCUUAGUUGGAAAGGGGUUGACAUUUGACAGUGGUGGCUACAAUAUCAAGACAGGACCAGGUUGUUCAAUUGAGCUCAUGAAAUUUGAUAUGGGAGGAUCAGCAGCAGUUCUCGGUGCAGCAAAAGCUCUUGGUCAAAUCAAGCCUGCUGGGGUAGAGGUUCAUUUCAUUGUUGCGGCCUGUGAGAAUAUGAUAAGUGGAACUGGUAUGAGGCCAGGAGACAUUGUCACAGCUUCAAAUGGAAAGACAAUUGAGGUGAAUAAUACUGAUGCUGAAGGCAGACUUACACUUGCAGACGCUUUGGUAUAUGCUUGUAAUCAAGGUGUAGAAAAGAUAGUUGAUCUGGCUACUUUGACCGGGGCCUGUAUAGUUGCUCUUGGACCGUCUAUUGCUGGUGUUUUUACACCUAGCGACGAUCUUGCUAGUGAGGUACUUGCAGCAUCAGAGGUCAGUGGGGAAAAACUUUGGAGGAUGCCUAUGGAGGAGAGUUAUUGGGAAUCCAUGAAAUCAGGAGUUGCUGAUAUGGUGAACACUGGUGGCCGUCAAGGUGGUGCAAUUACUGCUGCUCUUUUCUUGAAGCAGUUCGUUGAUGAAAAGGUUCAGUGGAUGCAUAUCGACCUGGCUGGACCAGUUUGGAAUGAUAAGAAGAAAGCUGCAACUGGAUUUGGUGUUUCGACCUUGGUUGAAUGGGUGCUCAAAAAUUCUUCUUAG